AUGAGUGUAGCUCUCGCAUCGUUGCUAGAAACCGUUGUUCGUGCGAACGGAGCUGUGCCUGCUACAAUUGGUGUCGUAAGAGGCGUUGCUCGCGUCGGCCUUGCUGCCGAUGAACUUAUCGAGCUAGCAUCGAGAGCGGAGAAGAAAGACGCCCUGAAAGUGUCUCGUCGGGAUCUUGGCUACAUUUGCGGUCUGGGCGUGGCUGGUAAGCCGCUCUAUGGCGGUACCACAGUGUCCGGCACAAUGGUCCUUGCGCAUCUAGCGGGGAUCAAGGUAUUCGGUACAGGUGGUCUUGGUGGCGUACAUCGCGGUGCAGAGUCAUCAAUGGAUAUAUCAGCUGAUUUGACCGAGCUCGGACGGACCCCCGUAGCUGUAAUUAGCUCCGGCUGUAAAAGCUUCUUGGACAUUCCUAGGACGCUUGAAUACCUUGAAACGGAAGGCGUCUGUGUUGGCACUUUUGCAGAUGGUCGCCAGGGCCCUGUUGAUAUCCCCGCAUUCUUCAGCCGCGACAGUGGCAUUAAAAGCCCCAAGGUCAUUGAAAACGAAGCAGAAGCAGCUGGAAUCAUCUAUGCGCAAUCGAGACUACCUAUCUCGUCGGGAAUGUUGUUUGCUAACCCAGUUCCGGUGGAGCAUUCAAUUCCCCAGGGCGAGAUUGACGCCGCCAUCAACGAAGCCGUCCACCUUGCUGAAGUGGAAGGUCACCACGGAAGUGACAACACGCCCUACAUCUUGGCCAAGAUCAAGGAACUCAGCGGCGGGAGAUCGGUGGCAGCCAACCGGGCCCUAGUUGAAGCGAACGUCAAGCGUGCAGCGCGGGUUGCCGUGGAGCUCUCGAAAUUAGAACAGUCCACGAUUUCUAGCGAACAACAUAUGCCAGCGACUCUACCGAUCAGUAGGGCUGACCAGGCUACUUCAGAGACUAAAUCGAAACUGCCUCCAAGAACUGAGCCAGUAGAAAGGGCAGAUAUCCUAGUUGCGGGAUCUUUAGCGAUAGAUCUCGCAUGCGACUAUGUUCCUGCAGCCGGACAGACCAUACCCGCCCUACGGACGUCCAAUCCUGCCGUCAUUGAACAAAGCCUUGGCGGAGUUGGCCACAAUGUCGCCUUUGCCUCAAAGUCUUUAGGCUGCUCUGUCAUGUUUUGCAGCGUGGUUGGUGAUGAUUUGAGCGGCCGCGCAGCCCUGGCAUCUCUGCAGCAAGAAGGGCUGUCCACUAGCGGCGUCAAGGUGCUACCAGCGACGUCGAGAGCACGUACAGCACAAUACGUUGCAGUAAACGACGCGACUCGGGAUCUUCAUGUGGCCAUGGCCGAUAUGGGUAUUCUGCAGCUUCCCGCAGAGACAUUCGACUUUGAUGGCUUCUGGGAGCCAGUCGUCUCGCACACGAAACCAAAGUGGGUGGUUGUGGAUGCCAACUGGAGUCCAGAAUUGCUUUCCAAGUGGGUUGCAGUGGCGAACAAGCACAGUGCGCGAGUUGCUUUUGAGCCCGUCUCAGCUGCCAAAUCUCAGUUCCUUUUCAAGAAAACCCCUGAAAUGGAAGCAGCUGUGGGCGAAUCCGCAUGUGUUCCGAACAACACUGUGAGCCUCGCGGCGCCGAAUGAGUUCGAGCUUGCGGCCAUGUACACGGCUGCCCGGGAAAAUGGCCUCUUCGAUUCGACCGGUUGGUGGCGCGUUAUUGAUUCGCUGGGAAUGUCAUCGUCAGGCUCGAGAGAACGGCUGGUUGCAAUGACAUCAGCCGCGCUCGUUGACGCAGGCAUACCCCAGCAGAGCAUCCAGCUUCUUCCAUUUCUUCCCUGCAUAAUCACGAAGUUGGGCGCCAGAGGAGCGCUGCUUACCCAGCUGCUGAAACCAGGAGAUGCUCGUCUGACAGAUCCAGAAUACAGCCCCUAUAUCCUCUCCCGCGCCACAUCCACUGAUGGUGUCACUGGAGGCGUGUACAUGCGGUUGUUCCCGCCGGCUGCGAAGUUAGCCGACGAGGCCAUUAUCAGCGCUAAUGGCGCUGGAGAUACUUUGCUUGGUGCUGUUAUCUCUGGCCUUGCCGCCGGACACGGGAGAAUUGAAGAUCUGCUUUCAUUUGCGCAAGAGGCAAGUCUUUUGACUCUCAAAAGUGCCGGGGGUGUGAGUAAAGAGCUUGCACAAUUACAGCCAAGACUCAAGGAUAUUGCGCCAUGA